AUGGGGGUCGGUGGGUGCUUAGCCCUGCCCUGGAGGUGCCUAGUCGUCCUCUGUCUCAGGCUGCUCUUCCUUGUGCCCGCAGGAGUGCCCGUGCGCAGCGGAGAUGCCACCUUCCCCAAAGCUAUGGACAACGUGACUGUGCGGCAAGGGGAGAGUGCCACGCUCAGGUGCUCCGUGGAUAACCGAGUCACCCGAGUGGCCUGGCUGAACCCGCCGGAGUGGCCUGGCUGACGCAGCAGCAUCCUCUAUGCCGGCAAUGACAAGUGGUGCUUGGACCCUCGGGUGGUGCUCCUGGCCAACACCAAAACCCAGUACAGCAUCCAGAUCCAAGAUGUGGACGUGUACGAUGAGGGCCCCUACACCUGCUCCGUGCAGACAGACAAUCACCCCAAGACAUCUCGUGUCCAUCUCAUCGUGCAAGUGUCUCCGAAAAUCACUGAGAUCUCUUCUGACAUCUCCAUCAACGAGGGCGGCAACGUCAGCCUCACCUGCAUAGCCACAGGCAGGCCAGAUCCAACGAUCACCUGGAGACACAUCUCGCCCAAAGCUGUGGGCUUCAUCAGUGAGGACGAGUACCUGGAGAUCACGGGCAUCACCCGGGAGCAGUCGGGCGAGUACGAGUGCAGCGCCUCCAACGACGUGGCAGCGCCUGUCGUCCAGCGAGUCAAAGUCACCGUCAACUACCCGCCGUACAUCUCGGACGCGAAGAGCACCGGGGUGCCGGUGGGGCAGAAGGGCAUCCUGCUGUGCGAAGCCUCCGCCGUCCCCUCCGCCGACUUCCAGUGGUACAAAGACGACAAGCGGCUGGCUGAAGGACAGAAAGGACUGAAAGUGGAGAACAAAGCCUUCUUCUCCAGACUGACUUUCUUCAACGUCUCCGAGCAGGACUACGGCAACUACACCUGCGUAGCCUCCAACCAGCUAGGAAACACCAACGCCAGCAUGAUCCUUUACGAAGAGACAACUACCGCUCUGACACCCUGGAAAGGCCCCGGCGCAGUGCACGAUGGGAACAACGGCGCGUGGCGGCGAGGCAGCUGCGCGUGGUUGCUGGCCCUCCCGUUCGCCCAGCUUGCCCGCCAGUUUUGA